AAAAGGCAGUGGUUUGAAAUCAAACAAGAAUAGGUUAAGGAAAAAAAACUGAUGAUCACGCUACCUGAUAGACCGCUUUCGUCUCAAGAUAUUAUAAAAUACAUCGGAAAGUUGAAAAUCAAUCAUUUCCGUGGUGUCUUUUCACGUGAUAACUUACCUAAAAAACCACAUACGAUUGAAUGUGGUAUAUUAAACUUGGAUACAUCUUCAGGCGACGGAAGCCAUUGGGUAGCGUUUUAUAAAAAUAAGGACAAAGUUGUAUAUUUUGAUAGCUUUGGUGAUUUACCACCACCAAUUGAAUUACAACAUUAUUUCAGACAGUUCAAAAUAGUAUACAACUAUUCCAACUAUCAAGACUUCAAUACAUUUAACUGUGGUCAUUUAUGUCUUGAAUUCUUGCAAUGCAUGAAUCUAUUACAUUAAAUCUAACUGGAAAUUCAACUGUAUUGUCGGUAAAUUAUUUUCCAUCUCUAAACGUUUACGAGGAUUCAGAAAUAGCUUUGUUAUCUUUGCAAACGUGCAAUUCAUUUCCAAAUAUUAUAAAUCCAACUAAUAACCGGCUGAGAAUAAAAUCAAUUCCUCCAGAUAGAAUAGCAAAAAUUCAAUUUUUUGUACCAGUCGAAUGCCGUGACAUAGAAGAUAUUAACAAAUAUAUGGUAGAAGAGUUAUCUCAAGUUAAUAAAGUCUACGGAACAAAGCUGACAUUCAGUGUACGUAUUGAUCCUGUCGAUUUUAGAACGUAUAUAAAAUGUAAUGGAAUACUAAACUUUGAGCAUCCGUAUAGUAUAGCACCUGUUUUUGGGUAUAGAAAGAAAGUUUGUGGACCGUUUCAUGAAGAACAUCGAUCGGAUAAAGCUGCAAAUUUAAACACAAUUAAUUCUAUAAAAGUAAUGUGUAAUAUAGCACAUGGGUCAUUCAACAACCAACUUCAAAGCCAUUCGAUAUAUGAGUUUUUCCCAAGUGGGAGAAGAGGAACAAAGGUUGUUCAAUCUCCGGUAAACCUUAUAUAUUACAGAUUAAACAAAACAGAUAUUAAUUCAAUUACUGUUCAGUUAGUUGACCAAAACAAUAAUCCAAUUGACAAUUUUAACGAAACGUUAACAGUUGUUCUGCAUAUUAAACGUCACGGAUCUCAUCAUUAAAUUUAUAUCUUAGAUUUUGUAAUGUAUGAGUCAGUUAC